UCAAAAAUUAGUUGGUUUAAGCAGUUAAUGUGGAGAUUAAAUAAUAUAUAUAUAUAUAUAUAUAUAUAUAAAAUGAGAGUAUAAAGCUUGUCUUUUUCAAUAAAUUAAUGUCAAACUUUAAUCUUCAAUUCCCAUAAUGCCCCUUUACGUUGAUCGCCAAUCCCCUAAGCUAUGGAGAAAAAUUUGCACAGAAAUGUCAAUAGAAGUUUCACUUGUUGCAGAGAAUUGGAAGCCUCUUAUUUCUGGAAUCAUCUUUCAGUACGUACAUGGAUUAGCUGCACAUGGAAUUCAUUACUUACAUAGGCCAGGACCAGCACUUCAGGAUGCUGGCUUUUCCAUUCUUCCAGAACUUGGUCUGGACAAAGCUUAUGUUAGUGAGACAUUGUUUACAUUCAUUUUUUCUUCUUUUGUGUUGUGGACCGUUCACCCUUUCAUUUUUCAGCACAAGAAAAUUUAUACAGCUUUAAUCUGGUGCAGGGUACUUGCUUAUUUAGUGGCUUGUCAGAUUCUUCGGAUAGUUACAUUCUAUUCAACUCACCUUCCUAGUCCAAAUUAUCACUGCCAUGAGGGCUCAAAACUUGCCAGGCUUCCCCGUCCAGAAAGUGUGUUUGAACUGCUCAUAAUCAAUUUUUCCCAAGGGGUUAAUUAUGGCUGUGGUGAUUUGAUUUUUUCAUCACACAUGAUUUUUACCCUAGUGUUUAUCCGCACAUAUCAUAAGUAUGGCACAAGGAGGUGCAUAAAGCAGUUUGCUUGGUUACUUGCUGUGGUUCAGAGCCUUCUUAUUAUAGCAUCUCACAAACAUUACACAGUUGACAUUGUCGUGGCAUGGUAUACUGUAAAUUUGGUAGCAUUCUUUGUUGACAAAAAAUUGCCAGAACUGCCUGACCGAUCUGCCGGACUCACAUCUCUGCCACUGCUACCUGUAAGCAGAGACAGGGAUAGCAGGAGCACAGAAGAGCAUCGUAAAUUACUGAAUGGGGUUUCAGUUGAAACUGCAAAUUAGAUAUGGGACAUUGUUAGUGAAAGUUUCCAGUUAUUGUAUUGAUUUUACCUCCAGAUGAUUCCCUUUAGGCACUUUGAAAUGGUUAAAAAUGCCUGUAAACUCACAUAUGAUAGAACACAAAUAGAUUCCAAUAUUAGGGACAGAAUCAGUGGUAAAUUGUACAUAGACAUCAGCAAUUGCUGAAGAUAGCUAUGCUGAUGUUAUCUCAUUGAUUAUGUGACUGAAUUUUCUAGCUGAGAAUACAUCCUCAAAUUCAGUUAGUGGGUGUUUGAUAAACCUCAA